AUGCCAAAGUUUCAGGCCGGGUUGGGGCCGGCAAGGUUCUCGCGGCCCCCGGCCCCCGCCCUCCGGCACCUGCCCGGCCAGCCCUGGUCCGCGCCUUCCCCGCCGGGCCCGGCGCGUGGUCCGGGGACGGCGCCCACUUGGUCCCCACUCACCCCUCGCGGACAUGGUUCAGGCAGCAGGAGUCGAAGCAGUGAGGGCGGCGGAGUCACCCGGCAGGGCGUGGGGAGGAAAAUCUCGCCGAAACGCACAAGGCGCACCCGAGCCCGCCAGCGUGGGGAGGCGGCUGGCCGCGCGGGGACGCCUCCCGCAAGACACCUGAGCGCCGCUGGGCGCAGCACGGCCGGCGGGCGGGGACCGGCCGGGCGCGGCAGCGCUGACAGCCGGCUGCCCAAGCUGGGCGGGGCCCGCCUCCCCGCCUCCCCGCCUCCCCCGCCCGCCCGGCCGCCCGGCCCACAGGGUCCAGCGGCGGCGGGAACGCGCCGCCAGCUCGGCUGCGGCGCCAGCCCGAGCUUUUGUCCCCGAGCGAGCGUGGUGCGGCGUGCGGUGAGGGCUGCGUCUCCCCUCCCCCGACCCGAGUCCUUACUGAAAAUAAUAGUAGUAAUAAGAAAAGUGCUGCCGCUAUGA